GCCCCUCCCCCCCCGGUGAGCAGUGUUCGGCAACUCGGCGUCGCGUCGCGGGCGGCGGCCACGGCGGAGCUCCACUUCCCUGCUGAUCCCCGACCGGCAGCAGCAGCUCCCCCCACUCCCGCGCCCCGCACGACCCCUCGCCGGCGCGGACGGGGCAUGGCGUCCGGCGUCCGGGACCCGGAGCCCCCGCGGCCCUCUCGCGCGCUCGCCCACCUCGCGGCGCUGCUGCUGCUGCUGCCCGCGCUCCUCCUCGCCUCCUCCUCCUCCCCCACCGCCGCCGCCGCCGCGAUGCACAACAACAACUGGGCCGUGCUCGUAUGCACCUCCCGGUUCUGGUUUAAUUAUCGACAUAUGGCGAAUACUCUGUCUUUGUACAGGACUGUUAAGAGAUUAGGAAUACCUGAUGAGCGAAUCAUACUUAUGUUGGCGGAUGAUAUGGCUUGCAAUCCUAGGAACAGUUAUCCUGCCCAAGUUUUCAACAAUGAGAACCACCAGCUAAAUCUUUAUGGUGACAAUGUUGAGGUUGAUUAUCGAGGGUAUGAGGUCACAGUGGAAAACUUUUUGAGAGUUUUGACUGGCAGACAUGAAAGUGCGGUACCAAGAUCAAAGCGUCUCCUAAGUGAUGAAGGAAGCCAUAUUCUUCUGUACAUGACUGGGCAUGGAGGUGAUGAGUUUUUGAAGUUCCAAGAUUCUGAAGAGCUUCAGAGCCAUGACUUAGCAGAUGCAGUGAAGCAGAUGAAGGAGAAACAUAGAUUUAAAGAGCUGCUGAUAAUGGUAGAUACUUGCCAAGCUGCUACUCUCUUUUCACAGCUUCAUUCACCUGGUGUUUUGGCGAUCGGUAGCAGCAUGAAGGGUGAAAACUCUUAUUCUCACCAUCUUGAUUCGGAUAUUGGUGUUUCUGUUGUUGAUAGGUUUACCUAUUAUACACUUGCUUUCUUUGAGAAACUGAACAUGUAUAGCAAUGCCUCAUUGAACAGUCUUUUCAACUCAUAUGAUCGUUCUAUGCUGAUGUCUACUGCAUAUUAUCGAAUGGAUCUUUAUGAGCGGCCCUUGAAUGAGGUGCCUGUGACAAAUUUCUUUGGAUCAGUCAUGAAGACUCUCCAUACAGAUUCAGCCUACACAGGUUUCUUGUCUGCACAUGACGAUGAAACUCCCAUGUCCAUCAGAGAUAAUCAACAUGAUCAGUUCAUGUCAAAUAAUGAGGCUAGUGCCAGAAGAUCAAACAGAGAAAAGGAGGCACAAAUAAUACCCCAUGGAUGGACAGAAGUUCUGCUUGAACAGCUGGAGGGCAAGAAUACUGACACUGUUGUGCUGUAUGGUCUGGGAGCCAUGGGUAUAUUGUUGGCACUUUCAACCUGGUUAUCAUUGUAGGCACUACACACGUCAUUCUCUUCCACAGAGCACUGAAUCAUACUAACCCCCUAGAGACUGGGAUCAAAAUAGAAAAGAACAAACCUUGGAGGUUCUUUUUUAUUUUUCUCCUUUUUAAAUUUCGUUACUGUCUAUAAGAAUUGGUUCUAAAUUGAUGUAUGUAGUUCUUGUAUGCACCUUCUGUUCUUAUAUGUUAGUACUCAUUGUUUCACAUGAUCUUCUGGGAAUAAUUUGAUGAUGUGCUUUACAACUAUUGCAUCACAUAUCUGGAUCAGUUUGAUUGUUUUGAUGAAUAUUUGAGUAGAGCUUUUCUGCAUGCAGCUUUUGAAAUAUUAAUAUAUCCAUAUUCAGGUCUUGGAUGAAAAGAAUAAUAGGUCAAUACUGAAAUUUCUGAAGCAUGUUGCAUGGUGAGAUUUUUUUUUCUUUUUACAGAAACCUGUUUGCAUGCGAAUGCCUGUAAAUAUGUUGUGCGAAACAUAAGAAAUAUAUACUGUAUACUAUCUAUUUAUCACAGAAAACGAUCAUUAAGAAGCACUUCUUCUGUGUUCCAUUACCAUACUGUAUUUUAGUGCAUUACAGAAAGUAUAUAGCUACAUAUACUUUUGACGUGAUUUUGUGCAGCAAUGCCAGAUUGAAGCUGCAACUUUUGUUUAGUCAAGUAUGCACAUACUGACUGCCUUACAAGUUACAAUACAGUUUUACCAGUUCCAUGUGAGCGUGUCAGCUUACAGGGUGGGCACAAGUGUAACCACAGACCGCCCCAACCUGCCAGUGCCAAGUUUUCCAUCCAAUUUAUGGUUUCUGGGGCGAACUUUAUGUGUAAAUGUGUAAGGUUUCUGACUGUGCUUGUGUAUGCAUUGUUACAAGAGCGGGAUCAAUAGAGGAUGCUCUUAAAUGUCUCUGAUUUGGUCUUCCCCAUGUACUGGGCUCUUGCAUGGAAAAAUGGUCAUAAGUAACAGAUAACAGCAAAGCUUAUUUAAAUUUAGUUCUGUCAUCUUCCCUGUUCCCGUGUCCUGAGUUACUGAAAUGGAUUUGUUGCUACUGGCCUUGUUCUGGUCUUGGCAUCUGGCAGCAAGCCUUAGUGUUCAUCCCAUCCAUCAAUAUUCAUGCUUUAUGCUGAGAGUUUCUUUCACAUACAACAGUAUUCAAGCAAAGCAAAGAUAAAGUGUUGGUUGCAUUUACCAGACAUGUUAUCAGAGUGAUCUGAUUUCAGGACAGCUCAAUGCUUGUUGCACACUACAGAGGGUGCUUGCUUUAGAUUUGCAGUGAGGGAGUGUACUGUUGCAUGAUACUUUUUGCAGGCAGGAUCAGUAUAUGGCAAGUCGUUGUCAGGGUUGUUAUGAUAACGGAGGAAAAGCUUCUGUUCUAUCUAUGCUGUUCUCCAUUAAGUUGGUGGUGUCACUGGAAGAUUCGUAAGGGUACGAACCAGCCUCUGAGAAGGUAAGUAUGCAGUUGGAAAGCAGGAAAGGGCAAAAAGGAAAUCCUUCUUGGAUCGUAAGGAUGAGCAGCAUGAGCAUGGACAUGCUGUAUUUGGCAUUUUCUGGAUUCAUCAGAUGCUGGCUUGUUGGCAUACCGGCUUGCUUUUGAAGCUUUGGAUUGUUUGCAUUAGGGUGUCUGAUGGGGCCUUGUCAGAGGAACCAUGGUACAAACUGUCAGCUAUGGCAACUGCAUACCUGUGCGUUGGGUGCGUUGAAUCUUUUGGCAAAUGUGUUGACAUCUUUGUCUGACUGUUUACCGUGUCCGUGCUGAUCUGGAAUUAUGGACGCGGAACUGGAAAGUCAAAUCACUGAAACUCA